AUGACGUUCGUCAACCGGAGGAGCUGCACCUACGUGUUCGACUUAGUGACGCUUCUGUCGUCUAAGCUGCUGACGAAGACGACAAAGAUGGAACCGUCAGCUGAACAGCAGCAAGCGGCGCAAGCCAAGGGCGGCAAGACUGUGGUUUUAGGAGCUGCUCCGACAGUGAGUGCCACUGACGGUGCCAAGAAGCGCCGUCGCCGCCGUCGCCACCGCCGUGAGGGCUACAGCCAUUACAUCUGCAAGGUACUCAAGCAAGUUCACCCUGACCUUGGAAUAUCGGGCAAAGCAAGGACCACCAUGAACAGCUUCGUGGUCGCUAUCUUGGACCGUAUCGGCAAAGAGGCAGCCAAGCUUUCCAGCUGUUCUAACGACAGCACUAUCACUGCGCGUGAUAUCCAGACCGUGACGCGGCUGCUGCGGCCCGGUGAGCUGGCCCGCCAUGCUGUCUCUGAGGGAACCGAAGCAGUCAGCAGGUACACGUCCUCGCAGCCGGGUUUACCACCACCGGCGCCGCAGCAGUAG